GCGAAUGGUAACAAAUGAAUAGCGUAACGUAACGAGAUGAUCUAUAGAUAUUACAGCAGACAGAACAGUGGGGUUUCUGCUCAGCAAAACAUGCAGCAGCAGAAUUUCGCACACAGUGUACUAUAUACAUAUAUCGCAACAUCAGCAGCAGCAGUAAGUGUGGGAAGUCUGCUUGUUGAUUCUGCAGACGUGUAUGUGUUUACGUAUAUAUAAUGUAGGACUCGGAAAGUGAACCACAGGAGUAACAGAAAGUGAGCUGCUAUGAUUGGGUAUCGCAACGUGCGUGGAUUUGCGCCUUUGAUGAAUAAUUAAACAAACGCGUUAGGGGACAACAUCGAUGUAAACAUCGGAAAAAUGAGGAAAAAAUCGUACACUGGCUCGGGCGAGCCACUAAAAAUAACAAGGCAAAGCUCGUUUCAAAGGGUAAAUCAAAAAGAAGGGUCGCCCAACUAUGUGUAUCUUCACUCAGAAGAUGAUCAAAGUGAAGGUGAAGAAGAAAUAUACCCUUUAAAAGUAAGGAAAAAUCCCUCUGGGCCUCGCAAAGUAGAAGUUAUAAUUGUGCAAGUACAAACUGAUGAUACCCUCCAAGCAUUAGCUCUUAAAUACAGAUGUACAGUAUCAGAACUAAAGAGGAUAAACAAAAUACACAAUGACAAUGAAAUUCAUGCGAGACAAUCUAUUAAAGUUCCAGUUCAACCUUUUUCACUUCUUACUGAAACUGUUGGUAAAAAUAUUCCCAAUAAAGGAAUGGAAUUAAAUUCAACUGUCUUAAAUACUCAUGUAGAAUUAAAACCAGACAACAAAAUAAUGAAUUCUUCAUCACUACCAUCAGUAUCAACUUCAUCUGCAGUUGAAAUUAAUAAAAUUAUUUUUAAUUCAACUCUAGAACCAUCAGUACCUCUAAGUAAUGAACCAUUUCAUUUCUCAGAGGAUACAGAGACAGAUACAUUGAUUGAAUCUACAGAUAAUAUUAAUCACCGAACAAGUAAUAAUAUUAUAAAUACAUUUAAAUGUUCUGGAGCAGAUUGGGGGCUAUCUUGGUUUCAAUUACUUUGUUUCUCACUUCUCCUUGGUUUUGCUGGGCCAAUUUUUUAUAUAUUGUAUAUAGCUGAAAAUUCUUCCAAACAUCACCAUGAAACUUCUACACCUGAAUCAUUAUGAGGUUUAAGAUGUUAAAUUGUGAUGUAGUGUUAUUAGCCUUCAAGACGUUAACAGUGUGUCUUUUGAUUCAAUGACUGAUUUGUAAUACAAGAAUUAUAAAUUAUAUUAAAAUAUGAUAUUAUAAUAAGCAUGAAAUGUACAUUAUAAAAUUCGAUCCAAGAUUAUGAAAUUUUAUGGUGGAAUACCAUGUUACAUUUCUAAUGAUUAAUCACACUAUUCAAUGUAUUACAUAUUAUGUUAGUCAGUUCUAGAUUUUUGAUUCAAGUAGUAAUAUGUGCCUUAGGGUUCCUGAUAGUAAUUAAUGCAAAUACUUUUAGUAUUAAUAAUUCUCAUUAAUACUUCCUGUUUGUUGUGGCUUGUCCGUAGUAAAAUUUUAUGAAUUAGACAAAGUAUGUAUUGUAUUUUUGUAUGUAUAUUUUGAAAAAAUU